GCUGUGGCAGACAAGCUGACUGACCGCGCGGUCACGUGAGGCUGGUGGUGGGUCACGUGACCACGCUCUCACUUGGGCAAGCACAGGGGUGUGCAGCGCGGACAAGGCAGGAAGGACAUACACUUGACGAGUGACAGACUACAAUUUGAGAGGAGCGGCGACCAGAAUUACAGCGUUUGUUGGUAGAGGGCACAGCCCGUCAGCCUAUUGCCAGCGUCUUAGCCGGGUUCAGUCUUUCGCCCAGGAGCUCAAGAGGCAGGAAGUCAUCUUGUGCGAGGCGGACGUGGAGAGAAGCAGCGGUUGCUGUUGGAGGAGGAUGUGACUCUUCUCCAGCUAAAGACCUGUUGUUUGGUGGGAAGGAUAGAAGUCCCUGAGGAUCCCUGCUGUGUGGGCUGGCUGGCAUAGGUUGCAAUGAGGUUCCUGUAGAAAUUUGUAGAUAGUUGUCCACUUUGAAUUAAGCAAGAGAACGAAACUAUUCAUUUGGAUCCAAGGUUCAUCUCCAGUGGUGGCUGUAGUGGCCUUGGAGUGGCAGAUCAUCACCUUCAACAGGUCUGCACUCAGGAACCAUCAUCUUCACUCAGGCUGAAUGCCUCUGUCUUCUCUCUGUAUCAUUCACAGAGGCUGUGUGUUGGAAAAGGGGACUGUGUGACUGCUGAGCUGAUGACUAACUCUUGCUACAAAGUUUAUGUCUGACCCAGUCAGAGUGUUGAGACAUUGACCUGCAACACAAGAACCAAGGCCAAGAUUAUACAGGGCUAUCUGUAUAACUGGUCUUCAACCAUGACUGGGGCUAAGAAUGAGGGUAGAAACAAAGCCAAAACUCAAAAACGGGCCAGUUUACAAGCUGAAGCAAAGAGGGAGGCUACUGGCGUAGUCAGACCUGUAGCCAAGACCCAGGACAAAGCAAUAGCCAAGCCAGGGUCUCAAGCUGAUGCAGCGGCAGCCAUGAAGGCAAAGUCUAGGAACAAGAUUGUUACUGAGAGAAGGGAAAGAGCCCUGGCAGAUUUCAGUCCCAAAGCUAGAGAUGAGGCCACUAAAGUAUCUGGGAUUUGUUCUGUGGCUGAGGCUAAUGCUGAGACCAAGUCCACAUGUAAAGAUAAGGCUGGUAUUGGGACCUGGUUUUGGACUGGGGAAGAGGCUAAUGUUGGUUCCUGGUUUUGGGAUGGAGAAGAGGCUAGUAAUCGUUCGAGUGCUAAGGAUGAAGGUAAAGCUGGUAUUGGUUCCCCGUCCUGUGCUGAAAAGUUAGAGUCUGUGGCUGAGGCUAGCUGCAAAGCUAAGCAAGGGACUGAGGAGGAGGAGGAAGAAAACGUUAUUGGAAACUGGUUUUGGGAUGGAGAUGAAACUAGUUUUGACCCUAAUCCUAGACCUGUGAGCAGGAUAGUUAGGCCCCAGCCUGUGGAUGAAAUUAAUGAAAAAAAUAGGCCUAAGGACUGGUCUGAGGUAACUAUCUGGCCUAAAGCCCCUGCUGUAACUCCAGCAGUGUUAGGAUUUAGAUCCCAAGUCCCAUUUGAGACAAAGCCUCCUUCAUAUAUUGUCCUGGCCUCAGCUGAGGAAAAUGCCCAUUCUUUGCCUGUGGCAACAACAUGCCCUUCUAGGAGCACUACUUCGUGCUCACAGCCUGUCCCAGAGUACCCAUUUGGUUCUGACCCUUGCAUCCAGACCAUAGAGGAGAUUAGACGCCAAAUCAGGAUCAGGGAAAUGAAUGGGAUUAAGCCAUUUGCUUGCCCUUGCAAAAUGGAAUGCUACAUGGAUUCUGAGGAAUUUGAAAAACUUGUUACCUUACUUAAGUCAACUACUGAUCCUCUCAUUCAUAAAAUAGCUCAAAUUGCAAUGGGGAUCAUUAAUGUUCACCCCUUUGCCCAAGAGUUUAUUAAUGAGGUGGGUGUCGUGACGCUUAUUGAAAGCUUGCUCAGUUUUCCUUCCUCUGAAAUCAGAAAAAAGGCCAUAAUUACUCUGAAUCCCCCUUCUGGGGAUGAGAGACAACGCAAGAUUGAAUUACAUGUUAAGCAUAUGUGUAAGGAAACCAUGUCUUUUCCCUUGAACUCACCGGGACAGCAAUCUGGAUUAAGGAUACUAGGGCAACUGACUACUGAUUUUGACCAUCACCACAUUGUUGCCAAUUACUUUUCAGAGCUUUUCCACUUGCUAUCCUUGGGUAAUCGUAAAACCAGAAAUCUUGUUUUAAAAGUACUUUUGAAUAUGUCUGAAAAUCCAGCUGCAGCCAGAGACAUGAUCAAUGCAAAGGCCUUAGCAGCUUUAAAACUCAUCUUUAACCAGAAAGAGGCAAAAGCCAAUCUCGUUAGUGCUGUGGCCAUAUUUAUUAACAUAAAGGAGCAUAUCAGAAAGGGUUCAAUUGUAGUUGUCGAUCACAUGAGUUAUAAUACGCUGAUGGCCAUUUUCCGUGAAGUUAAAGUAAUUAUUGAAACAAUGUAAAAUGAGCCAGAAAUAAGAUAAUAAGAAAUAAUAAUAAUAUUAGUCUUUGAACAAUCUCCAAAGUCUAAUUGGCUCUUCCUAAAGAGCCUUGCAUAAUGUUUUGAUUAUUACAGUAUGUACAUUAUAAAUUACAUCUUUAACAUGAUGUUACCUGCCACAGUCUCUAGGUUUGAGCCAGACCAUUUUUGAGAUACCAAUGAAUAUUGCAUUGUAACCUGAAAACAUCUGUUGAUUUUUAUCUUGUUUUUUUUUUAUCUUGUGUAGAUGGGUAACUUUAACAUUUUACUUAAGAUAGUGAACCAGUUCAUCUUAAGUAGGCUAACUUGUUCAUUAAUAUUUGCUUAAAUCCAUUUGUGGCUUCAAGUGGCAAAACUGAAAAAAAUACUGAAUAUGUAAUCUCGUUGCAGAAAUAAAGCAUAUGUACACAAAAAGAUAACUAACAGCACUCACAUACAUCCAUACACCUACACAUUCAUUGCUGAAUGUGCACUCAACUUGUAAAGAAGGCAGGAGUUGCUAUAGGCUGUUUGAUAUAAGAGGAAUUACUAUUUUUCACUUAUUCUACCUUCAUCAGAUAACUCAUGGUAGAAAUUACAACUGCUGAUGCAAGCUGAAGAGAAUGUCUCAGUGUGUGAAAAUAUUAGGUUAUAUGCUUUGAGGUUUUUCAAUAGUUAAACUAAAACAAGAUCAUACUGUAAGUACUGUUUGUAACUUGCUUUCCCCCCCCAACUGUAUAUUGUGAGCAUCUUUCCAUGUCAAUAAAUGUGCUUCUGUAACAUA